UGGUCAAGGAGCUGGAAGAGCCUUUUAGCCCCAGUCCCAGCCUCCACUGGCUGCAGAGCGUGGCCAGAGCAUCAUCGGAGGAGAGCAACGCAGAGCAGCUCCUUGUUUUCCUCCUCCUUCUCCAACAAGCAUGGCAAACAAAGGACCUUCCUUUGGCCUGAGCAGAGACGUCCAGGCCAAGAUUGAGAAGAAAUACGAUGAUGAAUUGGAAGAGCGACUGGUGGAGUGGGUUGUGCUCCAGUGUGGGGCAGAUGUGGGGCGCCCCGAACGUGGCAGGCUGGGCUUCCAGGUCUGGCUGAAGAAUGGCAUUAUCCUAGGCAAGUUGAUCAACAGUCUUAGUGCUUCCAAGCCUGUGAAGAUCCCCGAUACUCCUCCUAGCAUGGUCUUCAAGCAGAUGGAGCAGAUAGCCCAGUUCCUGAAGGCGGCAGAGGACUACGGCGUGGUGAAGACGGACAUUUUCCAGACGGUCGAUCUGUUUGAAGCGAAGGACAUGGCCGCAGUUCAGAGGACGCUGAUGGCCUUGGGCAGCCUUGCUGUGACUAAGAACGAUGGACAGUAUCGUGGAGACCCUUCCUGGUUCAUGAAGAAAGCCCAGGAGAACCGGCGGGACUUCUCAGACAGUCAGCUGAAAGAGGGCAAGAACGUGAUCGGUCUACAAAUGGGCUCCAACCAGGGUGCCUCGCAGGCAGGCAUGACAGGCUAUGGCCGACCCCGACAGAUCAUCAGCUAAGCAGGAUGCAACCCUCCCCACCCCCUAGCAGAACUGGCCCUGCAGCUCCUGCACAAAGAGCCCCAAUGCCACCCCGACGAAUCAUGCCGCGGGGGCAGCAACGGCCGCCAACUGGGAAUUUUUUGGGAGAACCUUUCAAAACCUUUCACCUUAACUCUGCCCCAGAAGUUACUACCUGGGAGCAGGAGGAUUCUUACAAGGUUGCUACAUGGCAACAGCCCCCCCCCCCAAGCAUUCUGCUUGCUUCAUCUCCACGCCAAAUGCCAGUCCCUUGCAUGCUCGCUGCUUUGCUGCUUUUGACCCUUGCAAAGCUGAGGAAGUGGCCAUUCACAAAGCCAAGGGCAGGAGGGGAGAGGGGAUAUUGCAGCCCUUGCAAUGGAAAACCAUGUCCCUGGUGCAUAUUUGAACGUGGCUGAAACUUGCACAUAAGUAAGACCUCUACGUAAGUGGCGGAGGGGUGUGUGCCUCUCACCCAUUUUGUACUUUGUUGUUGUUCAUCUAUUAAAAACAAUGACUCUUU